AUGUCUUUUGUGCCCUCCAAGUCGACUGGUACCUGCACUUGUUUGACUGUCUUGGGAAGUGUCAGCAGAAUGAGCAAUGUAGCUGAAUGGUGGCAAAGUUUCAACUGGCGGGUGCAGAGUUUGCUUGAUAGAAGCUAUCUCCGCUUGGAAAGUUGUAUACCUGAGGGCAAGGAUCCGGAGCAGACCAUCCUGGUGUGGACUGAAGGGCAGAAACUGCAUGUAGCUGUGAUCCGCCAAAAGACCUAUCCCAAAGAAUUGGUGAAAUGCUGGUUUGAAAAAUGGACAGAAGUAUUGUCAGAAGAGAUCCCCUCUGGGUUUGAUCCUACCAAUGGGAAGGAGCAAACUUUGGGUUCUCCAGAACCAGCAUGUAGAGUGCAUCACCAAGAGAUGCUUUACCUGUCAAGGUUCCCGUGGUCAACCAAUCAGGAUGAGAGUGGCCCCCAAGCUCUGGCCACAGUGGGAGAGGAAGGAGAUCAUUGGGACGAACUUUGGGACCUCAAAGCAGCAAGUCAGAAAUUUGACCUGCACUCAUUGCAAGAACAACCCUCUCAUGGUGUCCCUACAACCUUGCCACAGAGGACAUCCUCUCAGCAGUCAGCAAAAUCAGGGUCCAAAUAUGCAGAGGAAAUUGGGAGAACUUGGCAAGAAACUGUCCAGAAUGUUGUCAACACUCUUAUGCCAGACCCUAAGUUUGCAGUCAUCCAAGCUCCUCCCCACCUUUACAAUUAUUUACAGCACACAGACAGAACUUGUCACAGGAGCUUUCUCCUUCCGGAAAGUCUUCCUAGUACACUCUAG